CCUGGCGGCGGGGCGGAGCGGCGGUGUCAUGGCGGAGGUGGGCGCGCACCUCACGGCCGCCCCGGCCGGCGGGGACCGGCCGUCCGUGUUCGAGGCCGUGGCCCAGGACAGCUUGAUGGCCGCCGUGAAACCCGCCCUGCAGCACCUGGUCAAGGUGCUUGCUGAGUCUAAUCCUGCCCGAUAUGGUUUCGUCUGGCACUGGUUUGAUGAGAUCUACGUCCUUCUGGAUCUGCUGCUCCAGCAGCACUACCUGGCCAGGUGCAGCGCAUCCUUCUCUGAGAACUUCUAUAGCUUGAAGAGGAUCCCCAUGGGAGAUGGCAAACAACAAUCUCUGGCCACACUUGGCCUGCCAAAGAGGCAGCACUGGAAGUCUCUGCUCCUGCUGGUUCUGGUUCCUUACCUGAAGGGAAAGCUGGAGAAACUGGUGUCCAGCCUGAGGGAAGAGGAUGAGUACUCCAUCCACCCUCCCUCAUCAUCCUGGAAGCGCUUCUACAGAGCCUUUCUAGCUGCCUACCCCUACGUAAACAUGACCUGGGAGGGCUGGUUUCUUAUCCAGCAACUGGGCUACAUCCUGGGCAAGGCUGAGCAUCAUUCCCCCAUGCUGAAGCUGGCUGGUGUCCGCCUGGUCAGACUGACUGCAGAGGAUAUCCAGGCCCUGGAGAAGAAAUGGGCUGAAACUACCUCAAGUGAAACACACAGCUUUACCUCACGAGUGCAGUCAGCCCUGAGGAGAGCCCUGGGUGGCAUUGCCUUCUCCCUGUCCACCGGCCUGUCCGUCAGCGUGUUCUUCCUCCAGUUCCUGGACUGGUGGUACUCCUCGGAAAACCAGGAGACCAUCAAGUCCCUGACAGCGCUCCCCACGCCCCCACCCCCCGUGCACCUGGAGCACGAGCCCAGCUCAGCUCUCCUGCCCAGCCUGAAGACCGUGUGCCCUCUGUGCCGCAAGGUCCGCGUGAACGCCACGGCCCUGGCCACGUCCGGCUUCGUGUUCUGCUACCGCUGCGCCUACGGCUACGUGAAGGCUCACCAGCGCUGCCCGGUCACAGGCUAUGCCACAGAACUGCAGCACCUGGUCAAACUCUACUCCCCUGAGAGCUGAAAGGCUCCCAGGAGCAUCCAGCACUUCUUUCUACAUCCCAUGGAAAGCUUCAGACCGCCGUGCUCAUCGGUGAGCUCCACAGCGCCUUUGAACUCGGUGGUUCAUCAGCUUUGCUGCCUUUGCACAUUGUGGCAAGGCUCUGCCCUUUGUUGAUAAGCUGUUCAAACACCCUGGCAGUUGCAGAGGGAUCACACAGCCCCAGCCUGACAGCCAAUACAGAAAUGCCUUAAAAGACCAGCUGAAAGGGAGGAAACAUUGAUUUGGGUAAGAGGAAUGCAGAUGUGAGGAUCAAAGACCAGCACUGGUCCUGCUUGAGGGCAUGAGCCAGCAAAUUAAAGAGGUAGGGAAAUUCUCCAGGCAGGUUUUUCCUCCCUGGGCAUCUUCCCAGGUCCUCGUGCUGCUCAGGGUGAGCUCUGGCUUUGUCAAAAGUGGAGAUGGGCUUAAACCUCUGCUCUUCAGUCUCCUGCAUUUUCAGGCUCUUCACCUCAGAAUUGAGAACAUCACCCUCCUAAUUCCCAUCAACGGUUCUAAAUUAAGACUUUUGACUCUUUAAAGUCAAUCAUGGACAAGAGGAAUGUGACAUUUUCUGCACAAGAGAGAAAAUGACAAAACAGAUUAAAAAACUGCCAGCUGA